AUGGAGUUUGAGGCCCUGAGCAGAUACACCAGCCCAGUGAACCCGGCUGUCUUCCCCCAUCUGACCGUGGUGCUGUUGGCCACUGGCAUGUUCUUCACCGCCUGGUUCUUAGUUUAUGAGGUCACCUCCACCAAAUACACUUGGGAUAUCUACAAAAAGCUCCUCAUAUCUUCGGUGGCCUCACUCUUCAUGGGCUUUGGAGUCCUCUUCCCACUGCUCUGGGUCGGCAUCUACGUAUGA